UUUCAGUCAGUCGCUCAUGUGACCGUUGGGGGUCCUGACUCGUGCGGUGCUGUGUGCAGUUCAUCAUGGCGGCGAACAGUAGCAACAGCACGAGCGGUAAAAGCGGUGGAAAGCAGUCCGCCCCGUCUGCCGAGCAGGUGGUGGCUACUUUCCAGAGGAUGCGACAGGAGCAGCGCAGUAUGGCCUCCAAGGCUGCAGAGUUUGAGAUGGAGAUCAAUGAACACAGCCUCGUCAUUGACACACUAAAGGAAGUAGAUCCCUCACGGAAGUGCUUUCGUUUAGUUGGCGGGGUGCUUGUGGAGAGGACCGUCAAAGAAGUUCUGCCUGCGUUAGAAAACAAUAAAGAACAGAUCUCGAAGAUCGUGGAGACGCUUAGCACGCAGAUGCAGGCGAAAGGGCGGGAGCUGACGGAAUACCGCGAACGCUACAAUAUUCGAUUAGUCGGAGAGGACGACAAACAGGGUAAAGCGGAUGCCAGUCAAGCCAAAGAGAGCGAAGGAGGAGGGUCUAAAGGUGGCGCUGGAGUGCUCGUCUCAUAGUGGAUUGGUUCUUUAAAUGCUGGUUAGAAUUCGUUGGCGAUUUAAUAUUUGCGGAGAGACUGAGUUGGCAUGUUUCUAUUUAGUCUUACAGAUGCCAGUCGUAAUACACGAAAGAGAGUGAAAGUCUCAGUUUUCAUGCACAUUUUGUACAUUCAUAAUAUUAGAACAUAAAACACACCUUUCCACUCUGAACAUUUACAGCAGUUCAGUGUCUUGUUUUCACUGAGCACAUUUUUCCCCCAUUGUUUGCUUUUCAGUCCAGUGUAUGACAUAAAUAUUCAACAAACAUGUUUAGUCCAUUGAUGUGCCAUGUCUAAAUGGACUGCAUUAAUACUUAAAAUGGUAUGACUUUCACUUUCUUCUGCUCUUGGAAAGAAGUAACAAUUAGUGGUUGGUGCUAAAUGAAAUGAGCGUGACGACCUCCGACUGUCUCGUACCGUGGAUCUCUGACUGUUGACUGCAGCUCUACUCCAUUUAUCAUUUCACGACUGUACGCCUGUGGAUGAAGCUUUUAUGUUUUUGUUUUUGUGGUUGUUUUGGUUAUUGAAUUAAAAAUACAAAAUUGAGCAAGA